AUGGCGGCUAUGGCGGUUCGCGACAUUGUGGUGGAUCAGUCUCUCCUCCCCGUGCUCAAUAGCAGCGCCGUGACCCGUGAACAAUGUGACAAGCUCCUCGCAUUACUUGACCCGACCGGUGAUACCACAUCGUCGAAUUCUCAGGAAACCAUCCUUGCAGCGUCGAGAGAACAGAAACAACUAUUCGCGCUUCUUGCUCGACUCCGCGGUCUGAAUCGCGACGCCAUUCUCCAUGUCCGUGAAACCAAACAAUCGACGGCGGAAGCUCGCCAGGAGAUCGACCGGUUACACCUCCAACUGCAGAACCUCUAUUACGAACAAAGACAUUUGACGGGGGAGAUUGCGGCGUGCGAGUCUUAUGAUCACAAAUAUCUGUCUCUUCCUUUAAUCCCCGUUGAAGAGUUCCUCACUCUUUUCCCAGAACACAGAGACUCGGACGCCCAUGAGCUCAUGAUUGCUCGCAUCAAUCAUGAACAUGCAGAGCGGGAGAAACUAGAACAGGCGCGCCAGGAGCUUCUGAAGCGGAAACAGGCUCUGAUUGCGGAGAAUAACAAACGCAAGGAAGACCUGGCCAGUUUGGAUCAAGAUCUGGAAAGGUUCAUUGACGCUGCUAAACCAAUCCAGAAGAUUUUCGAGAAAGAGUACUAA